GUGACUCCUCACCUGGCAACAACAAAACCAAAGCGCUUGAUUAGAGUGGAGCAGUCGGUAUAAUAUAAUUUUGUUUACCAAGACGUUAUGCAAAUGUGAAUGCGUUUGCAUGAGAACAUAUGAUUCCCAGAUGAAGAGAAAAUGGUAAAACAGAGCAUCCAGAUCUUUGCCCGGGUAAAACCCACAAAGAAAACGACCUCGGUGUACUGUGUGGACAAUGAGGAGCCGACGGGUUCCCUACUGGAGUUCCUGGUACCCAAGGACCUGGCUGACGGCUUCGUAAACAACAAGAAGGAGACCUACAAGUUCAGGUUCCAAGAGGUGUUUGAUCAAACAGUCAAACAAGAGGACAUCUUUGAAGCAAUCGCCAAGCCAGUGGCAGACAGUGUGUUGUUGGGAUACAAUGGUACCAUCUUUGCCUAUGGCCAAACUGGCAGCGGGAAGACCUUCACCAUCACAGGAGGCGCUGAGCGCUACAGUGACCGGGGCAUCAUCCCUCGCACGCUCUCUUACCUCUACCAGCACUUCAGCCAGGACAGCAGUAUGGUGUACACCACCCACAUCUCUUACCUGGAGAUCUACAACGAGGUGGGCUAUGACCUGCUGGACCCCCGGCACGAGGCCUCUCGCCUGGAGGACCUACCGAAAGUGACCAUCAUGGAAGACCCGGACCAGAACAUACACCUGAGAAACCUGUCACUCCAACAGUCAGCCAACGAGGAGGAGGCUCUCAACUUGCUCUUCCUGGGAGACACCAAUCGCAUGAUCGCAGAGACCCCUAUGAACCAGGCAUCCACGCGUUCCCACUGCAUCUUCACCAUGCACGUGUGUGGCCGCGAGCCCGGCUCGGUCACCAUGCGGCGCUCCAAGCUGCACCUGGUGGACCUGGCGGGCUCAGAGCGGGUGGGCAAGACGGGCGUGUGUGGGCAGCUGCUCACAGAGGCCAAGUACAUCAACCUGUCGCUGCACUACCUGGAGCAGGUUAUCAUUGCUCUCUCGGAGAAGAACCGCUCGCACAUUCCCUACCGAAAUUCCAUGAUGACGUCGGUGCUGCGGGACAGCCUGGGAGGGAACUGCAUGACUACCAUGAUCGCCACUGUGUCUGUGGACAAGAGAAAUGUUGAUGAAUCCAUCUCCACAUGUCGCUUUGCCCAGCGGGUCGCUCUGAUCAGGAACGAUGCUCUGCUGAAUGAGGAGCUGGACCCUGCCCUGCUAAUUGUGCGUCUGAAGAGGGAGAUCCAGUCCCUGAAGGAAGAGCUCUCUAUGGUGACCGGGGAGAAAAGAGAGGACCAGCUAACUCAAGAGGAGAUUCAUAAGUUGGAGGAGCUGGUCAAGGUCUUUCUGGAUGACCCUGAUCCUGAGGUCACACUGGCAUUGGGACCUGACAUGAGAAAAAUCCAUUACUGUUUCUCUCUGCUGAAGGUAAUGAUACGAGAGAGGUUGUCUAUUGGCGACGGGGGAGGCGACCACCGCAGCCCUCCUCCACCUGUGGUAGUGUCCAACCAAAAGGACAGCCCCCAGCUCCAGCCUGCAGACCUGACCAAGCUGAGGGAAAUGUUGACUCAGCGCGAUAACGAGAUCAGUAUCCUGGUGAGCAUUCUGAAGAAGGAGAAGAGGAGAGCCCAGGACACCGCUGCUAAACUGGCCAUCAUCUCCAAUGGCCGUCCCCUGGCCCCCCAGAGUCCUUUGAGGUUAUCCACAGCGUCACUGGCAGGAGACACAGAGGCAGUUGAGAAUGACCAUGGAGUGCCACCCACUCUUUAUGGGGAAAGAGGGUCCGAGCUGUCGAUGGGCAAACAGGAGGCUUUUGAGAUCUUCAGGAGAGACCACAAAGACCGGCUGACAAUCGAGGACAACAAGGCCCUGCUCAAACAGAGGUUUGCUGAGGCUAAAGCAUACGGGGAGGAGGUGAACGAAGCCAGAAACGGAGUCAAUAAACUGAAGAAGCAGUUGGAGUUGCGUAGGAUGCAGAGAGCAGCUCACGGUGUCACUGGCAGCCCAGCAGAGGUAGAGGAGGUGGACCCUGUGGAAGAAAACAUCCGCACACAGAUGGACGAGGAGAAGAAGAGUUACAAGAGAACCUUUGGCCGUCUGAAAACACUGAAGAUGGAGAUUGAGCACCUGCAGCUGCUGCUGGAGAGGUCAAAGGUGAAGCUCCAGAGAGACUUCCAGGAUUGGUGGAGCCAGGAGACCGCCAGGCUACAGCAGGUCCCAGAGUCAGAGGGCAUGGCUAGGGGUCAAAGUUCAAUACGGACCAAUCAGAGCUCCGAGUCGUCCUCUCCUAGCCAUCCAAUGACCAGGAACUUUGUCCCCAGUCGUCAUAUUGCCAUGCCGACUGUGCCAACCUCACUAGGUCCACCGGCCGAUGACAGUGACUCUGCCUCUGCACCUUCAUCAAAACUCAGAGCCCUGUCAUCCACUGAGCUCUCAAAGUCCUUCAUCCCCCUGACUGGAGACCAGCAGACAGAUGCAGACAUCCUGGGCUUCAUUAGGGCCCGACACAACCUGCUCAACAGGACAGGGCCACCUCAGCCAUGACCAAAAUGCUUGUCUUGUGGCUGCAUCCCGAGCAGAAGUGAAGGAGUGCCACCCGGGAACAUCUGAAUGUUUUCAACCCACAUACUAUGCGAUUGGUGUCUAAUUAACUUACCCCAGAUGCUCUCACAUGUCCACAUGAGACCCAGUCCUCGAUUAUGUUAGAAUGGACGUUGGUUGGAUGAAAGUCACAUCAGUUUGACUGGUUGAAAGGAAAUAGAAAGCUGUGAAAAUGACCCAACAUGUUUCUGUUAAGAUUUCAUUUCGACUUGGAUGUAUAUUUUAUAUGGUUUAAUUACUAACAGCUUCUUUGAUGCUGACAUACCAUCUGUAGAGGUGCUAUCUUUAUCAGCAUCAUAAAAGCUAACUGCGCAUUCGCAUUCUCUCAAGAUGCUGAAAGAAAUAAAUCAUAUUUCUCCACUCUUGUUCCCAAGUAAAAAUGUUGCCUACAAUUGGUGUAUCAUUUUACUGCAAGAAAUGCUUACUUCUACAGGAGUUAAUAUUAAGGCUAU